AUGAGCAGCUCGUGUAGCAGCUACCUGAACGCCGCCAAGGAGCUAGUGAGCGGCUUCAGCUGCCCUGGACCAGGUGGCGAAGCGGCCAAUGUCUACUGCUGCGGCUUUCAGGACCACCGAUACUGCUGCGACGACCCCCACAGCUUCUUCCCCUACGAGCACCGCUAUAUGUGGUGGCUCAGCAUCGGUGCCCUGGUGGGCCUGUCCAUAGCCGCCGUGGUCCUCCUGGCUUUCGUCGUCACGGUCUGCGUGCUUUGUUAUCUCUUCAUCAACUCCAAGCCCCCUGCCAAGCUGGACACAGGCUUGAGCUUACAGGCAGCCGCAGCAGCAGCAGAUCCAGAUCUCCCAUCUUUGGAAGAAUCCAACCGGAGUGGAGUGGUAGCUGUGGGGCCCAACGGCCUCCGAAGGCAUUUCUUGAACCCCCGCCUAGACUGUGACCCACAAGCCCCAGACUCUGACCGGCUUUUUCAGAGGUGCUUCAUGGCCACAGUGACCACUACAGAUAUCCAGAGCCUCCCCUGA